AUGUAUCGACUUCUUCUUCUCAUCAUUUUGGGAGUUCUAUUCCAAAUCGAAGCAUUCAAUAUCGCGCCCUAUCCUAAUCUAACGACGAAGUACCAGGGCCAAGAGAACCAAACGCGAAGCUCCUACUUUGGAUACUCCCUUGUCAUCCGCGAGAACACAAUUAUAGUUGGAGCUCCUCGCGCUAAUUCCACUUUAGAAAAACAGCACGAUAUCAUAGAGCCAGGGGUCAUCUUUAGUUGCUCUCUUAAAAAUGGUACCUGUCAACAGUAUGAGAUAGAUUCUGAAGGUAACGACCUGAAAACAAGCCCCGAUGAAAGUAGUCUAGGGUCUAAGGUCAAACAUUAUCAGUGGAUGGGCGGAUCGAUGGAUGGUGGCGUUCGGGAUAACGAUAGUCUUCUCGUGUGUGCCCCGCGUUUUUACAGUCUAAAAAGUAUGUCUAAGGAUGAAUUUAAGAAGAACUCUAUGAUCGGAGUCUGCUACUUAAUUAAAGAGUCAGGCACAGAUAAACUUUGGCCAUUAAAGGAUGUGAAAAAACAAACGAUUGUUAAACAAAUCGACUCGAAGAAUGAAACGUUUGCAUACUACGAGAUGGGUGAACUGGGAUUUAGUAGUCAUGUGUCGGAUGAUAACUCGAAAGCCGUGAUGGGCGCAGUAGGUGUGGAUGACUGGAAAGGUAUGGUGUUUUUGUUUCAGCAAGGGCAACACUCAUUUGAUACCGGCCUGGUUAGGCGUGACACGAGUAGAGCACUCCGCCGCUCCAAACGAGAAGAAUCCUGUUCCCACUGUCUUCCACAACCAAAAAACUGGGGCCAAGAUGAACACUCAUAUUUUGGUUAUGCUGUGAGCUCUGGUUACUUCGACAGCUCUAGACCACACGAACUCCUUUACGUGGCCACCGCUCCGCAUGCUAAAAAUAAAACCGGAGAGGCCUCUAUCUUUCAUAUUCUUGGAAAUGGGGAGAAUAUUACUAUAUUUCAAACCUUGAAGGGCAAACAAUUCGGCGAAUAUUUUGGCUAUUCCAUUCUGGCGGAGGAUAUCAAUGGUGAUAAGAAAACAGACAUUAUAAUAUCAGCCCCUAUGUAUGCCACGAAUGACCUCUACGACAGCGGUGCCAUCUAUGUGUUCAUCAACAAAGGAUCCUUCAACUUCGAGCGGACUAUAAUUGAGUCGCCAGCAGGCAGUAAUGGCCGUUUCGGAACCGCUUUAUCGCGCUUAGGAGAUAUCAAUCAUGACGGAUACAAUGAUGUGGCUGUGGGAGCUCCCUUUGACGGAAACGGAUCGGUGUUCAUCUACUUGGGAUGCAAAAAUGGAUUGCAGAAUCAGUCGAGUCAGCGUCUGGAAAAUCCUUCCCAGCAACCUUCCAAGUAUGGAGCACAUAUGUUCGGUCACAGCUUCUCCCGCGGAUCGGACAUCGAUGGCAACGGAUUCAACGACUUUGCCGUUGGAGCACCCAAUGCGGAAAGCGUGUAUGUAUAUCGUACCUAUCCCGUUGUAAAAAUUUAUGCAAGAAUAGUGCCUGAAUCAAAUCGGAUCAAACCCGGGCAGAAAAACUUUACGAUAACUGCCUGCUACAGUUUGUAUACGACUUCCAAGUCGUCAAAGGUUCAGAAUCAGGAGCUAGACAUUCUGAUUGACAUAGACACUAAGGUAAAGACAAAGCGGAUAAAAUUUGCACACACUGAUACCUGUCAGAAGCGGUUAACGGUGAAUGCAAGUACCGAUAAAGAUUGUAAACCCUUUACACUUGAAAUGAUAAAAAAAGAAAGAUCCGACUUCACACCCAUCGCUCUGGAAAUUCAUUACGAGCUUAAGAAAAAGAUUCCCAAAACGGAGGAAUUCUGCAUUGACUGUGCGAUUGUUAAUCCGGAAGAUGUGAGUUUUUACAUGGAGAAUAUCACCUUCAGUGCGGGCUGUGCCAACGAUGUUUGUGAGCCUGAUCUCAAAUUAAGUAGCAAAAAUAUGAGAUCCCAGUUUACUCUGGGUUCCACCAAUGUCCUACGACUAAGCUACGAUAUCACAAAUGAUGGUGAGAAUGCCUACGAACCUCAGUUCAACGUGUCCACCUCUCCUCGGCUGCCCUUUGCUCAGGUUCCUGGAAAUUGUAAGGUCACCGAACACGUCAUGGUUUGCGACCUGAAACAACGACUACGUCUGGUCAAAGGUGACACUGACUCUGUCACCGUCAGCUUCGAUGUCUCCCAGCUCAGUGGUCAAUCGCUGACGGUCCACGCAGCCUCACACAGUACCGGGAACGAGAAGAAUUCCGCGGACAAUAAACUAACAAAUGUGAUCAUUCUGAAAGAGUUAUCCGAUAUCGAAGCCAGCGGAGGUCAGACGAACGAUAAUCUUGUCCUCAGACAUUACCCUUACUCCGGGGAAGUUAUCAACCAUUACGAAAUCAAAAGCCAAGGCCCCAGUAUUAUCGAAGAUCUAGCGGUGUCACUAUAUAUUCCCGUGGCGUAUUGGGCGAAUGAUUCGGAAAAAUUUAUUCCCAUUCUUAAUAUAUCCAGCUUGAAGAUGGAAGCCAACUACGACUCUCAUCUACUUCCCAUUCAACUCUACGACCAGAAUAAUCUCCUGCUUAAUAGCUUCACUGAGAUUGGGCAGGACAACGAGAAGACCGCCUUAUCCGUGGCGCGAAGGCGGAGGGAUGUGAAUUCUAUUCAAGAGCCAAAUGCUAACCAAUCGGAUGUCAUCACUAAUGAAUUCGACUUAGAAGAGAAUCUGCCAACAAAUAAGACCAUUGUGUUAAACUGUCAGGAUACGAAUAAUACGAUAUGCAUAAGAGCUGAAAUGCGAAUGAAGUUAAUGGUGGAUAAGCCAGUUAACCUGAAUGCAAGCUUUAUGGUAGAUCUGAAGGAUGUGGAUGAUGCCUGGGAGUACUUAGUCAUCAUGACUAAUCUGACAUUCGUAAAGGCGGAAAUAGGCGAUUCCUCAUUGUGUUCACUGGUGAUUCAUAAGAAGAUCGGGCCGAAUGUGAUAACUAAGCAUGCCGAACUGGCCAUCUGGAAGAUAAUUCUAGCCGUGAUCUGUGGCGUUCUGCUGCUCUCAGCAAUAACCUCUAUUCUCUAUAAGAAUGGCUUCUUCAAGCGUACCAUGAAAUACGAAUUAUCUAAGUUAAUUCGUGAUAGUUUUGAGGAGGGAUUAGUAGAGGCGGAGAAAAUGGAAUACGCUAAGACGGAUGAGGAAAUGCUAUCAGAUUCGGAUGAGGAUUCAAUGGAGGAGUCGUAUAUGGCUGCGAAUAAUAUCAAUUAUGAUGGAGUUUCAACAGAAGAAUAUUAG